AUGAAUACAGCAGAAAAAAUAUCAGCUUUCUUCAUCUUCAAGUUUUUGUUCUUUUACUAUAUUUAUAGAAAGCCGUCCCGCCUGUUUGAUUCAUUGGUGUGCAAAAUAAAUAAUAAGAAAAUCCCCCAUGCAUGUAUCAUUCAAAUAUUAGGUCUAAGUCAUUACGGGCAAAGUGUCUGCUUGUACGUACAUGAUUUUUUUCCCUUUUUUUACGUUUUGAUACCACCCGAAGAAAAAUCAAACACAAAUCUAGAAUUCGAAAUAUGCGAAUUUUUAGAAGAAGAAUAUGGCAAAGCAAAACAAGACAAAGCACAAAAUGCAUGUAUAUACAACAUCGAACGAGUAAAAAAAAAGUGUAUUUAUGGAUACAAUGAAGAGCCAGAAGAGUUUUUAAAAAUAUAUUUUUUAUAUCCGAAUACAAUUAAUUAUUUUGCUAGUUUACUAAAAAAGAAAUUAUUUAAAAAUAGAAUUUGGGAGUUGUAUGAAGUGCACAUCAGUUAUAUGCUACACUUUUUAUGUUCGAAAAAUAUUUAUGGCUGUUCCGAAAUUUACAUAAAUAAAAACAUACUUUUUCGAAAAGAAUUUUUUAGCAAAAUAAAUUUUGAAUGUUUUAUGGAAGAAGAAAAAUGGAAUUUAAAAAGCAAAUGUAGCAUUGAAACCAUAAAGAGGAACAAAUAUUUAUAUCCCGAUGCCCCAUAUUUUUUUACAGACAAAACGACAAAUGUUAAUUUUUCCAAUUUAAAAAGAGAAACUUCUUAUGAUAUUGAGUGUGAUAUAAAACAUGAAGACAUAUUAAAUCAUCAAAUAUAUUCCUGGAAGUUUGAAAAAUACAAGCGAAAAUGGAAAGAAGAAUUGAAUUUUGAUUUACCUAUCUGUCAUUUGGACUCCUUUGCUAAAUUAUGGAUGAAAGAAAAAAAAAGAUGUGAACAUGUGAACCCUGAUUGGGUAAGGGAAAUUUUUAACUUUGACGAUUUUGAAAAGGAGUUAGACUUUGCUUCUUUUGACGUGCUUACCGACAGAACGAAGAAAUUGUUCUCUGAUUUUAUGAAGUUUAUGAGAGGAUCCGAUGAAGUAGAAGAAGUAAGCGGGGAAGUGAAAGCAAUAAACGGAGAAGUGAAAGAAAUAUGUGGAAAUACUAGAGAAGGACUUAUCAGCGCAACGAAUGGGAAGAAGGAAGAAGCAAGAGAUGUAGGUAACGACGUUAUCGUGAAAGGAAACCGAGGUAUGGAAAGAGAAUCUCGGCUGAACUUAAAUUUAGAAAAGUGCACAAAGAAUGGGACAACUAAAAUGGCACCCCCAAAAAAUUCAGAUGAUAAUAAGAGAAAAUACAUAGCUUCAUUCGAAAUUAAUAACAAAAGAAAAGACAUUAUCAGAUAUAUUUAUAAGAAAAAGCCUCCAAAGAUAAGAGAGUAUUAUGCAAUUUUGAGCAAUUUGAGUAGCAAAAAAGGGAAAAGGAAAAAUGAGAAUGGGGCUAAUGAGGGAGAAGACAAAAAUAGAGAGAAGAAUUUUUGUGAAAAGGGACUAUUUGGGAAGGACCUCGAUGCCACAUUAAAUAGCAAGAAAGAGACAUCUAAGAACAAAACGGAGAGGAAAAAAAUGAACACAAAAUACGGAAACAUAUUUUUUCUUGAAAUUCUUACAGAAGUGAAGAGAGAAAAUUACAAUUCAUCAAAUUACAAGGAAGAUGAAAUAAAAGCCAUCUUUUAUAUAGUUAGAGAUGAAAGACUUAUGAAUUAUUAUGACGACUAUACUAAUUGUGUUGGUGUUAUAGCUAGUCAGCCAUUUCCUGACAUGUUUCCAUAUUUAUUUAACAAAAAAAUAGAAACGAAAUUAAACAUGAAACGACGCCCACGCGUUGAGGUGUGUAACAAUGGUGAUUAUAUUUGUAGGGACAUGUUCGGGGAGCCAUCUGAUGAAGAAACAUUCAGAAAAGAAUAUAAAUUUGCAAGGAUGAAAAAUACUGAAGGAGGAGAAACGGAAGUUGAAGAUGAAGCUGAAGGAGGAGAAGCGGAAGUUGAGGAUGAAGCUGGAGGAGAAGAAGAAAAAGUGGAAUGGAUAAAAAAAGGAACCCCUUUGGACGUAAAUUACAGCAAUGUAAAUAUAUACAUUGCUGAGAAUGAAAGAGAUGUUAUAAAAAAAUUGAUCGACAAAAUUAAUUUUUACUCUCCUUUAAGCAUAGUGUCCUAUGAAAACGAUAAAUACAACGUUAGUUACAUAAAUCAAAGGUGUCUGGCUUUGGACAUGGGUAAUUUUUACCAACAUAUUAGUAAGCUAAAUGACCAGAAGGAAUUUAUAGAAUUAAAUAAUACAUAUAAUAAAAAUAUAAAAGGUAUACUAAUUGAGAGUUUGUAUAAAUUAUCGAAUAUUUCAAAUACGUCUUUCGAGAAUUUAUGUAAGUAUUACUUAAAUAUUAAUAUACCGUCUAUAAGUAAAUACAUAUUAUAUUUCUGGUACAGUUAUGAGAAGACAAAAUUACAAAACUGUUGCAAAGAUGGAAGUGGGAGUACUGAUGAAUACUCAUUUUAUCCAUAUAGAUACAUAACUAUAAAGUAUUUUUUAAUGAAAGUUCACUUUUUACUAUUCAUAUAUGACAAAAUUGGGUUUUUAAAAAAGAAAAUGGAUUUCUGUAAAUAUAUUCACGUAGAUUUGUUGUCUCUAAUCAAUAGAGGAUCACAAUUUAUUAUCGAAUCAUUUCUUGUAAAAUUAUGUAUGAAAAAUGGUUUCCUUCUAUAUUCACCCUCCAAUAAAGAAAUAAUGAAUCAGAGACCUAUUUUACACACACCUUUAGUGUUACAACCCAAAAGCUCAAUUAACUUUUUCCCAUUACUGGUUUUCGAUUUUCAGUCCUUAUAUCCUUCCAUUGUAAUAGCUUUCAAUAUCUGCUACUCGACAUGUUUGGGAACAUUGUCCUACAAGGGAAGGUCUAGUGCACAUGGGGAUCACCCCUCUGAGGAAAGUAAAUAUGAGGAAGAUAUCCUAGAAGAGAAUAAAAUUCGAGAAUUUAGUAGUGGAAGUUCAUCUGGUUAUUCAUUGGACAUGUUGAAUGUUAAAAGGGAAGCCGAAUUUGCUUCCAUAGGUUAUAACAGAAAGGCAGGUAAUUCUAACACUAGUCCGAGCGACUCAAAUGGUAAUUCAGACGAGUCAAAUGGCAUGUCUAAUAAUUUGGAAGACAAUUUGGAUAAGGAUAAGAUCGUUAGAGCUGAUGAAUUCAUGCCAUGGGAAGUUCCCAAUUAUGAACUUUUUCCGAAUGAUCAAUCGAAUAGAUCAAAAGGGGAUGGAAAUGGUAAUCGAAAUGGGGAUGGAAAACGAGGGGGUAUUAUUUCAUCCCCUGCCAUUAGCACAAAGGAGGAAAGUAACCAGAGCGACAAGAAUAAAUUUGAGGAUGGAGAAAAGGUGCGGAAUUGGGAAUUCAUAAGAUUAGGGGUAAAGAAGAAGCCACAAAAUGUAAUGAAAAUGAUUAAAAAUUUAAAAAGAGAUGAUGUCCUGAUAACAAGCAACAAUACUGUAUAUGUGAAUAAAAAAAAAAGAAAAGGAAUUUGUACACUUUUUCUCGAGGAUAUGUUAAAAACAAGAAUAAUGCUAAAGAGAUGUAUUAAAAUUUAUGAUGAAAGAAGAGGAAUGAGGUUAGUUGAGAAAAUGGGGAAAUUAAAAAUGAUAUUAAAUGUAGCUACUGGUUAUAUAGGGGCCAAUUUUUCAGGAAGGAUGCCGUGUGUUGACAUUUCAGAGAGUAUCAUAAAUACUGGGAAGAACUUUCUUCUGUACAUCAUUGAGUAUAUAAAAGAAAAUUAUCAAUAUAUAAAAGUGCUAUAUGGAGAUACAGAUUCUUUAUUUUUAUUAAAUGAAAUGAAUGAUAUCAAUUACAGUUUUAAAAUUGCUUAUGACAUUUUGCGUAAUGUAAAUAGUACAUUACCAUCCCCUGUGUAUUUAAAUUUUGAAAAAGUAUAUUGUCCAUCUGUUUUAAUGACAAAAAAACGAUACUGUGGUUUUGCUUAUAAAAAAGAAAGUGAUGAGAAUCCUACACUAGACCUAAAAGGGGUAGAAAGCAUAAGGUCAGACCAAUGUAAUUUAGUAAAAAAUGUACUAAUACAGAUUUAUUUUAUGUUUUAUUAUUUUAGGAAUUUCUGUUAUUUAUCUUAUUGUUGUUGUUGUUGUUCUAUGUGUAACAACUUUUUCUCGAAUUUUAUUUGCACAUGUAAAGAAUCUAAUAAUCAUCAAACAUCCCCAUGCUUGUUAUCAAAAAUGAUAGAAGCAGUUUUGCAUGUGUACAGAAAAGUGACAAAUUUUGCAGAUGACAAAGUAAUAAACUUAGGAACCACAAAUAUUUUUGAGGAAGACACGGAGGAGUAUAAAACGAAACUGUACGAUCUACUUGUGCGCAUAAUAAACUGUGAAAAACAUAAUGUCAUCUUAAAAUUGCUGAACUAUUUAUAUAAAGAAAAGUACGCAUUCUUGUUGUAUAUAUUUAUCCGUUUCGGUGUAUCAUAUUUCAAAAUGGAGAUCGAAAAAAUUAUCGAAAAGGAUUAUGAAAAAAUUGUUAGCCAGUCUAAUGAUUGUUGCAUCAGGAACCCUCAUAAUAUAGUAAAAAUUUGCUUGUGUGUGGGAGAAAUAAAUGAAAAUAGAAAGUUUGACAUUAAAAAAUGUGACAUGGAAAAAUGUUUUUGUAAUAUCAAACAAGCUUUUUUGUUUUUCGAUCCCAAUCCAACAUGUGAAAACCGAACAAGUUGCGUUUUUAAUACGAAAAUUUUUUAUUCCCAUCUCUCAAUGAAUAUAAAAAAAGUGCUAAGUCACUUCUUUAACAAAAUUUAUGGUAAUGAAAUUUCAUAUGACAAUUUUAUUUUAUACAAGAAAGUGAAAUUGGGAACUUACAAAGGAGAACUGGAAAACAGCAAAAGAAAAGUUCCACUUCCACCUCAAGCUAUUGUUGCAAAGAAGCUUUUAAAGACAAAUCCACAUUUAGUCAUUACUUACAAGGAAAAAAUUCCUUUUGUUAUUACUAAAAAGUUGAAGGAAGAUAAAAUAUAUGACUCUGUUUCUCAUCCAUCAUGUAUUCGAGGGAUUUACAAUUCUCUUGCAGAAGAGGUGCUUCAAAGUCUUUAUCACUCUCCACAUGAGGGGGAGACGUUUACGAAGAUAGGAGGAGUAGAGUACAAUGGAACAUCAUCGGAUAGACAUGCAGAAAAUCUAAUACAAAUAGAAGAGAUACAUAAUGAGAGGGAUAUCUUUCAGAACAGCAAUAAACUAGUACACAGGGGAAAAAUUACAAAAAAUAACAAGAUAAAACUGAAGGAAAUAAACUUUGAUUAUUAUAUACAAAACUUAGUUAUACCACCUCUAAAAAGAAUGCUAGAUUUACUUCCCUAUGAUUCUCCAAAUUUGGAAGAAAUUUUUCACAGAACCAGAAGGACACACAACUGGGGAAGGACCCAAAUUGAUUUGUUCUCAAAAAAUUUAAACCUUUUGGAGAAAACCCCUUUAAAGGGUAUUUUGUUGUCAAGGGAUGAAAAAAAGCAAAUCGUUGACAUGUCUACAUUGGGCAAACAUGAUUCAACACUACAUGAUUCAAAGGAAGGUAAUAAAAAAGUUUUAAGCGCUAGUGUUCACAGUGGUGUUGCCUGGAGACCCCCGAGGGUAAAAGAAAAAAUGAACCACAACGAAUCAUGGUAUAAGGAAAGUGCAAACUUUAACAUAAAAAUGGAUGAAGAAGAAAAUGAGAGAAUAAGAAAACAGAUAGUUCAAUCAUUUACAGAUAUAAACAGAUCCCAGAAUAUGGUUAAGCGUUUAAAUAAAAUUUGCGUCCAAUGUGCCAGCACUGAAAUGGAAGCAGCCAUGUGUCAAUACGCAGUUCACUGCAAUGUAUAUUUUAAAAAAACUAUUUUGCAAGAACGAAUUUCAAAAAAUAAAGAUACUAUAAGGAGUUUUAUUGGGGAAUGA